AUAUCUGACUUUGUUAGUGGUAUAUCUUUUUAUUUUAUGCUUAUAAAUGGUUUAAUAUUGACCGGACCAACUCAGUUUGCUAAAACAUUUGAGAGGAAUCAGUUGCUCUUAAGUAUUCAGAAAUAACUUUUUUAAAAAUAUAAUUUUAACAAUAAAAGAUGUUGCGUAACAUUUUGUUGCUAAACAUAUUAUGGUGUAUUUCAGUACAUUGUAGAAUAGAACGUUUUGAUAAUGAAAAUGGCUCGAUUUGUGAAAGUGAAAAUAUAUUGGACUUGUCAUACAUGGGAAUAAUGCGUUUGAAAAAUAAUUUUGUGAAUAGUUCUACUACAACACAUAUUGACUUAUCGUAUAAUAAUAUUUGGAAAAUAGAAGAUGGUGCAUUUGAUAGUUUACCAAAUUUGAAAUACUUGAAUUUAUCGAAAAAUUUAUUUGCAUUUGGAAAUUUAAAUUUCACUAAUUUGUCGGCUGUUGAAACAUUAGUUUUAGAUGAGUCAAUAAAUAACAAUGAAUGUUCUCAAUGGUAUGAUAAUUAUUAUUAUCAUAGAAAUCAGCUAAUUCCUGAUUGUAAACGUGAGUACAGUAAUGAGAAUACAAUUUCACCUGUGGUUUCAAUGAAGUUAUCAAAAUUAAAGAAACUGUAUCUACGUCAAAAUACAAUAAGGAAGAUAAAUUUACAAAGUAUUACAUCAUUGAAUGACAUUAUGCCAAGCCUUACUCAUCUCUAUCUCAGUAAAAACGAGCUAUCAUCUGUGAAUUUCUUAAAAAACUUUCCUCCGACGCUUACUCAUUUAUAUUUAGAAAAUAAUCAUAUAUCAGAAUUUAACUUUGACAGUUUUCUAAAUAGUUUGAAAGUUCUAUCACUCGAUGGUAAUAAAAUCCGAACGUUGUGUAGCUCUUAUCAAAAUUGCAUAGGAAUGUCAUUGCAAGUAUUUGGACAAUUGCAGAAUUUGUCAAUUUCAAACGGAAAUCUUAAAAUAAUCGAAUCAAAUUCAUUCAAAUAUUCAUCAACUUUGAUUUCUUUAGAUCUGUCCAAUAAUCGUAUUAGAGAAAUCGCCAACAAUACGUUUCAUUAUUUAACGAAUUUGAAGACACUCAUUCUAAAUGUCAAUCAACUGGGGACUAUUCCUAAUAUUUGUGACCUCGUAAGCUUGGAGCAUUUCUCUAUAUCACACAAUAGUAUAAAAUCUGUGGGCGUAUCAAGUUUCUGUAGUCUGCUAAAACUAAAAAAGUUAAAUCUCAGUAAUAAUGCUUUAGAUGAAAUUAUUCCUGGAUCAUUUGAUAAGUUGGAUUCAUUAGAAGAAUUAGAUCUCUCUGAAAAUAAACUUGUAAAUUUAGCCACCAAUUGGAUUUCAUCUAAAAUAAAUUUACAAUAUUUGAAUUUACGCAAUAAUUUGUUCGUGCAGUUUUCAAGUUUAUCAUUAUCCGGAAUCCAGAGUCUCCAGUACGUAAACAUCGGAGGGAAUCCUCUGAAAUUGAUAAAUAUAAAGACAUUAAAAGCUUUACCUGAAAAUACAACCGUUGACAUUGGGAGUAUGAGCCAAGUUUUUGAACUAAUGUUGCGUAAUAUUUUGAUGCUUAACAUAUCAUGGUGCAUAUCAGUGCAUUGUAUGAUGGAACGUUUUCCUGGUGAAAAUGGAAGUGAAAAUAUAUUGAACUUGUCAAACAUGGGAAUAAUGCGGCUGAAAAAUAAUUUUGUGAAUAGUUCUACUAUAACACAUAUUGACUUGUCGGAUAAUAAUAUUUGGAUAAUAGAAGAUGGUGCAUUUCAUAGUUUAACAAAUUUAAAAUACUUGAAUUUAUCGAAAAAUUUAAUUCCAUUUAGAAAUUUUAAUUUCGUUAAUUUGUCGGCUGUCGAAACAUUAGUUUUAGAUAGGUCGAUAAAUAAUAUUGAAUGUUCUCAUUGGUAUGAUGAUGAUUAUUAUUUUGAAAAUUCGAAAAUUCCUGAUUGUAAAUUGGAAAACCAUAAAGAUUAUACAAUUGCACCUGUGGGUUCAAUGAAGUUAUCGAAAUUGAAGAAACUGUAUCUACGUCGAAAUGGAAUAAGGCAGAUGAAUUUACAAAAUAUUACAUCAUUGAGUGACAUAAUGCCAAGCCUCACUCAUCUCUAUCUCAGUAAAAAUGAGCUAUCAUCUGUGAAUUUCUUAAAAAACUUUCCUCCGACUCUUACUCAUUUAUAUUUAGAUAAUAAUCAUAUAUCAGAAUUUAGAAUCGAUAGUUUUCCAAAUAGUUUGAAAGUUCUAUCACUCGAUGGUAAUAAAAUCCGAACGUUGUGUAGCUCUUUACAAAAUUGCACAGGGAUGACAUUGCAAUCAUUUGGACAAUUGCAGAAUUUGUCAAUUUCAAACGCGAAUCUUGAAAUAAUCGAAUCAAAUUCACUAAAAUAUUCAUCAACUUUGAUUGCUUUAGAUCUGUCCCAUAAUCGUAUUCGAGAAAUCGCCAGCAUUACGUUUCAUAAUUUAACGAAUUUGAAGACACUCAUUCUAGAUGUCAAUCAACUGGGGACUAUUCCUAAUAUUUGUGACCUCGUGAGCUUAGAGCAUUUCUCUAUAACAUACAAUAAAUUAAAAUCUGUGAACAAAUCAAAUUUCUGUAGUCUAUCAAAACUGAAAAAGUUAAUACUUAGUAAUAAUGUUUUAACUAAAAUUGCUUCUGGAUCAUUUGAUAAGUUGAAUUCAUUAGAAGAAUUAGAUCUCUCUAAUAAUAAACUUGUAAAUUUAGCCACCAACUGGAUUUCAUCUAAAAUAAAUUUGAAAAACUUGAACUUGGGCAAAAAUUUGUUUGAGGACUUUUCAAAUUUAUCAUUAACCGGAACCCAGAGUUUGCAGUAUGUAAACAUCGACGGAAAUCCUCUCAAAUUGAUAAACACGAAGACAUUAAAGGCUUUACCUGAAAAUACUACCGUUGAAUUUGGGAAUGUAUGCACUCUAAAAAUGAAUUAGCAAAAUUCACUAGCAAAUAGUGAAUAUUUACUAAUUUAGAGUUACAGUUAUACCACUUUUUUUCGAACUAUGAUCAAUGUCAAAAUUUUUCAGACCGAUUUCGUUUAAAAUAUCUAUAAUUUUUUAUAUUGUACUAAAACUUUAUCACUGCUACUACUAAAGGUUACUGUGUAAUAAAAUUCCAAUAAAUAUUUUAUUUGCUUUUGUAA